AUGCCAGCGUUUGGCCCGACGCUCGGGCCAGGGCACCUGUCCCAGCCGCAGCCAGAUCCAAACUCCAACCCCGGCACUCCGGCAGCUACACCGGCCGCGCGAAAGCCUCCUCGAGCCUCUGGCCGCUUCGUCCGGGGUCAAUGCGUGCGCUUGGCUUGCGGCGAGGUCAACUACUUGCUGAUGGGGCCACCAAUCCCAGCGCCGCUGAUCGUUUGCAUACACGGCUUGAACGGCUGCAUCUCCAGCUUCGAGAGCGUUGCGCCGCGUCUGGCAGAGAGCGGCUUUCGAGUCCUUUGCUUCGACCUGUAUGGCUUUGGGUUGAGCGCGGCGAGAGGGCGCCUCGACUUGGGAACCUACGUGAACCAGGUGUCGUCCUUGCUGCAGGCGGUGAAAGUGCCGCCUACAGAGAAGGUGCUUCUCUUCGGAUUUAGCAUGGGUGGAGUGAUUGCCGUGGAGUUCGCGCUUCGCUACCCGGAAAGGGUGGCGAAGUUGCUGCUGGUUGCUCCCGGUGGCCUUUUGCAGAGGUCGAAGACCCCCUGUCAGCCACUUCUCUUCGGAUGCUUGCGAACCCGGCUUGGAGGCGUCCUCCUGGCAGCCGCCACCUCGCUCGCUUGUUGUUGCAGCUGCUGUGCUCGCCGGGCACUUGCUGGCGACAAGCUGGCCGAUCGCUUCGAGCUGGAUGUUCGGGAGCCGGAGAAGUUCAAGAGCGUUGCAAGACAAAACGGAGAAAGGUUCCUUUGGGAUCUUCGCCGUUCUGUGAACUCUUAUCUCCGCGUGCUGCGGAGGAUGCCCCUGUGGUCUCAAGACUUCCAGGACUCGUAUGCGAGGCUGGCGAGGGGAAGUGUUCCGACCUUGUUCAUCUGGGGUGACAGCGACUGCACCGUGCCUUUCAGCGAGGCCGAGCACGCAGUCCGUGAUCUCUUCUCGCCCGCUGGCGUCUCCUGCUGCAUGCUGCCCGAAUCGGGGCACGGCUUGUUGCUCGAG